AUAUUAUAAAAUGUCUAAUGGUUAUGAAGAUCACAUGGCUGAAGAUUGCAGGGAUGAUAUUGGUAGAACAAAUUUAAUUGUGAACUACCUCCCUCAGAACAUGACGCAAGAUGAGUUACGGAGUCUAUUUAGCAGUAUUGGCGAAGUCGAAUCUGCAAAACUUAUUCGGGACAAAGUUGCAGGACACAGCUUAGGCUAUGGCUUUGUGAACUACGUUACUGCAAAAGAUGCUGAAAGAGCAAUAAAUACACUGAAUGGCCUCAGACUUCAGUCAAAAACUAUCAAGGUUUCCUAUGCUCGUCCAAGUUCUGAAGUUAUCAAGGAUGCUAAUUUAUAUAUUAGUGGACUACCACGGUCAAUGACACAAAAAGAUGUAGAAGAUAUGUUUUCACGUUUUGGACGCAUCAUCAACUCGCGUGUGCUUGUGGAUCAAACUACAGGUUUGUCCAGAGGGGUCGCAUUUAUCCGGUUUGACAAAAGGUCAGAAGCAGAAGAGGCAAUUACAAAUUUCAAUGGUCACAAACCCCCAGGUUCCUCCGAACCCAUUACAGUGAAGUUUGCAGCCAAUCCUAACCAGAACAAAAAUGUGGCACUGUUAUCGCAGCUGUGUCAUUCACCAGCUAGACGGUUUGGAGGGCCAGUGCAUCACCAGGCGCAAAGAUUCAGGUAGGUUAGGAAGAACAAUGCAUUUAAGGCUGUACUACUAUUCCCGUGUCCAUCUAGGAAACUGUACUCUUGCAGCUGUGCAGUAAUAUCUUCAUUGCAGCAUGUGUGAAUGAAUACAUAGUGCACUAUGU